CUGUGAGUCUAUAAAACAAGGGGAGACCAUCCACAAAUUUCUGUGCAAAAAAAAAAGAGUUAUCGCAUUUUCUUUUAGUAAAAUAAAUAAAUAAAUACAUUUAUUGUGUUCUAUAAAAUGUACAUGCCAGUAACUCUACUUGUAGCAGCUUUUGCUUUUUGUGAAGCAGCGAAUGUAGCCAAGAGAGACGAGCAAUGCACCGGGUUGUUACAGUGUUCUGCUUUACUUUCGAAAAUGGAAACAUCCAGCCUUGGUCCUUUGCAGGAUGAAGAACAAUACAAACAGCUAUGCCAGAAGAACGGUGAACUACAAAAGUGUUUUGACGACAACAAAGAUGACUGCCAAGAUUUAACUUUGUCCAACAUGGUUCUUGGAGGAAUUCAGACGAUAGACUUCCUUUGUUCGGCAGAGGGCAAAGAAGAGCUAGAUUCUAUCAAAGACUCUCCGUGUGUCAACGAUCAAACGACUUUCUUGUCAGCCAAAGAAGGAAUGGAGGAGUGUGGGCAGACUUUCCAGAAUGAGUUGCUGUUGGCCACUUUCUCCGCUAUGUCUAGUGAGGAAGAAAUGGAGUCAGUCAAUAUCUGUUUCUACUUAGAUCAACUGAGAAGUUGCGCUCUGGGAUCAGUGGAAAAUCAUUGUGGCCCAAAAUUUGGCAUCAUUGCUCGAAAACUUUUUGACAUUGAAUACCAGCCUUUUGCCAGGGAGUUGGAUUGUGGUCAACAAGUUCGUCACAUCCGUACUCUGAGAUCAAGACUCGUUCCUUUGAUCAUCUCUGGUGUCAGAAGAAGACGUUAAAUGUCGACCAGCUUCACGGUUCAAAUCUUAUGAUGUCCAAGAUUUAAAAAAAAAUUAAUUAGUCAAGAUAUUCUUUUUUAACUAUAUUCAAUGUAUUUCAAAAAAAAAAUUCUUUUCUAUAUUAUAAUCAAGGAAUAAAAUUUCGAUAGUUCAAUAA